CCUCUUUCUCCUUUCUUCCUCCACCCCGAGCCGUCGGCUGCUCUUCUACAGAGAGGAUCGAAUCUCUCCCCUGUGCUCCGUCUUCCCCCCAUCUCCUGUGAUCCCGUCGUCCCACCUGCCCCGAUUCAUCUGCAGGUCGAGGCUUCCGGAGGCUGCAUCGAGACAAGCAACGGCAGGCCCAACUCCACUCCCUCCCCGGGCUAACCCGUGCUCCGCUGGUCCGGUCGAGAAAAGGCUGGCGCCCCACCGCCCCUGCCGGAUUCGCUGAUCCAGCAGCCGGAUCCGCCGAUUCAGCAGUCGGAUCCGCCAAGGUCGCAUUGGGAUCCCGAGCUUCUGGUCCUCCCUGCCUUCUCCUCCGUGGAUCCGCCGAUUCAGCAGCCGGAUCCACCAAGGUCGUGCUGGGAUCCCGAGCUUCUGGUCCUCCCCUCCUUCUCCGUGGACGACAUGCAACAGAAACAUGCAAGGUACGCGCCACUGCUCCAGCCAAAGGAGGGCGCAAGGUGCGACACGACGGGGCAUGGUCCAGCUGGGCAUUACAGGUGCGGGUACCACCUCACCGGGGCGCGACUCCGACAGCCAACACCGGCGGCCAACUCUGAUCCACCGAACCCAGGCGCGGGCUCCGGCGGGAGUGCGGUUCUGCGUUCAUCAGGAGAGCGCGUGCCGAAGACAGCGCUGCCCCCGUACGUCGCCUUCAUCGACACCGAGCCCCUCAUCGGCGAGGCCGCCAAGAACCAGGCUUGCCACGGUUGAGUACUGGAGCUGUGAUUUGCCACAGUAAAGUAUUUAUACUGCUAGUUCUUUAUUGUUGUUUUAGAUAGACAUGUAUAUUGAGUAUAUCUGUAUUGCCUCUGUUCGUAGUGAUCUACUUCACUUACAUUGCCUCUAAAUGCUGGAAUAGUGAAUGUUUGGUAGGAGUGGUAAAUACUAAUGAAUUGAUUUUGGUGAGUCAAGUGUAGUCAUAUUUGUGAAUGUGCCUUUUGUGAGGUUUGCGAAUUUGCAAAAAAAAAACUACUUUUAUUCUGAAGUGUGAUCUUGCAUUUAUGUACUUAACAUCAAAUAGAAAAAUACAUAUUGCAUUAGAAUUAUAUAUUUUUGAAUAGAAAAUAUGCCUUCUGACAAUUGUAAACUGGGUUUGUCUACAAAAUAGUAAUACAAGUGGGACGUGUGAUGCACAUUCUCUUUGAGGCACAAUUGUUUCCUUUCCUCCAUAAUAUGUAUUGUACUGUGCAUAUAAUGAUCAUUUCCUAUUUCCUUAUUCCAUAUCAGCUAGAAACCCAUUGGUGUAGUAUUUUAACAGCUGCUCAGGAGCUGCCUGUACCAGAGCAAGAAUGACAUCAUCGACUUCUACCUUCUCCAUCUCAAGGACAAAUCUCAUGCAACCCAUGGUGCUGCAUUUGACACGGGCAUUUGAAAUUUUGUUAGUGAUUAUUGUGUCUAAUGUCUGAUGUUUUGGACACUUUUUUGUAAAUGAUGGCAAUGUGGAUUCAGUGAUGUACCUCUGAUGGUUAUUGUAAUUGAAUGAAACAAUUUAAUGGAAAUUUGCGGGCUCGGCAAAAAUUAUGUGUUUUGCUAA